CUAAGCGUUGGUCUUGGCAGACAGACAGAUCCACCUACACACGUCCAGUGUCGGACAUUGUAAGACCGCGACACGAAUUAGCGUGACUGGUCACAUCCGCUUGUCCCCACACGAGCGGACUACCGUGUGCAUAGAGCUCACUGCAUCUGCGUGCUUUCUUCUUAAUCUGGAUUUCCGAUAAAGUCGGUUAGUCUGUAACUUUACACCUCUGUCUGACACGAAGGACGUCCUUCGUAACAUGACAAGCCUGCACUGAACUGUACCUCACCAGUGCUCAAGUCAGCAAGAUUCAGAAUGAGUAGUCGAAAAAAUGUUAGAAGGUGAAGAGAUCCCCAAAGAUGUUUCUGUCCCACACAUCUACACAUUUUCAGAGGGCCAAAGCUUAAGAAGAGAAUCUUGGUUCUACUGGACCAAGCCAUUACUAUGAAAAGGAAUUGAUAUCAACCUUCAAAAUAUCAUCGACUGCAAGACAGCAAAUCAUGCCUGCCGAGACAGACGAGAAAAACUACAUCAACAGCCCGCUGCUGACGAGUGACAGGAAAGAAGAAAUAUUUGUGAAAAAGGACGAAAACUGGGGUCUAAAAGUUUUCUUGGACAAGUCAAACAGCGUCCAUGCCGACUUGAAUGCCUUGCAAUCAAAAAUCUCUGAAGUGAAGAAGCUUCAGCAAGACAUCCUGAGUUUGUUUUUGGAUAAAGUAAGUACUGACCUCCAGCAACAUCCAUUGGUUACUCGACACGAUCGCCUGGUCCACGAUACUACAAACUACGGUGUACAAAUUCGCCAGAACAUUCGAAACCUGAAAGAGAUGGCCGUAGAAUACAUCAGGGCGCACAACAACGACAAAGGAUACAAACUUGUGGCCGAACAGCAGCUCAACAAUUUGUCCGAGCAGCUUUCCAAGGCUGUACACGAUUUUUUCAAGUGUCAGUCAGACUACACAGACAGAAUGAAUGAUCAUCUAAGACAAAACCGCCGCCAGUCCAAUAGUGUGGGUGAGAGGGCCGAGGACCCGAUAAAUGAAAGCCAAAAGCAGGAUUCUUACUUAGUUUGCACUCAGAAUUUCUCAGAAGUUCAGGGCGCAGAGCAGACGCUUCGUGAAGUGGAGGAGCGAUGCAAAGACAUUUUGGCGCUUGAAAAAAGAGUCACUGAGGUGAACCAGCUGUACAAAGAGAUCUUCUUGCUGGUGGCACAGCAGGGUGAGACUCUGGAUGACAUAGAACUGAAGGUAGAUGAUGCACAGGUUCGUAUUGAAAAUGGAACCCAGAAGGUUGCAGAUGCAAAAGCAAGCCAGAGAAAUGUUCGCUGUAAGAAAUGUUUUAUUUUCGGCAUAGUUGUGACUGUAGUGGUGGUGGCAGUGGUGGUGAUAGUUUUGGUGGUGUUGAAAGUCCAUAAACUAAUUUAAAUACCAUAUUUUUAUUUACACAACCAAGUUUUUUACAAGUUGGACUAGUGUGUGACCGCCUCUCUCUCAGACGACGUUCGCCGUGUUGCUGUCUUGAGGAAACGAACGCCAUAAGAAAUGUCGCGAUGUAUAUUUUCUAUACAUCAAGCAGACGCAGAGAACUGAUAGCCAACAUUGGAAAUAUUUCAUAAAUAAUGUGACCAAAUGGGACAGAUGGCCUAAUACUAGUGUGGGUAUGAAUAUGGGUGUGCGUGUAUGUUUUGAAUAUGAAAGAAGAGAGAGAAAGAGCGAACGAAUAAUAUGGUCUUGGAGAGUGCAGGUGAAAUGUAAUAUUAUGGCACAUUAUAUUCAUCUGUCUUCGGCAGACUGUUAUAGAAGAGUCCGAGGGCGUCCAGAAGUGUCAAGUAGGACAUUUAAAGCGACAAACUAUCCAGGUGGGAAAGUGUAGGGCGGGGUGUGUGAGGGAGGAGGGUAGGGAUUGAGAAUUAGUCGGGGAUGACGGAAACACCUGCCAGUCUCACCUUUCGCUCCUCUUUCCUCAAGUCGUAAAUGAAAAACUGUAGCAGAGUUCAGAAACAACAACUUAAUUUUGCUACUCGUGUCUCUGUUUGGUUAUGACAAACUGUUUUAUGCUAAUUCUAUUUUUUACUUACGAACUUUGAGCCGGAGGGCACUCAUGUCAAGUUCGCAUUAUCAGUUAAUAACAGCAUUAAAGUAGUUAAGAAACAAAUAUCAAGGUAGAGUCCAUUGCAUUUAAAUAAUAUAUCUGGUUUUCUUGACAAAUUUCAGAUCGAUUUACUUAUUUCAGUCACUGUCCGGACCGUGUUCUCUCUGUAUGGACUGUGUACAGUGAGGACUGGGGAUAGAGACUGGCGCCCUUUAGCUUUGUACUUACUGUUGGGACAAUGAUCAUGAAAAUUUCACCUUUAACUAUUAACAUUCUUGGUUCAACGGGUGUAUUAUGAUUAAUUUAUUUGAUUGUAACGCUUACUUUAAAAAAAAAAAAAAUCUUAUAAUGCAUCUAUUUGUAUACGGUUUGAACGGAUAGCUUGUAUGCUGUAUAGACAAAAUAUUUGGAAUCGGCUUCAAGCCUUAGGCUUAUGUGUUAAAAAACUAAUAAACAUACAACUAUAUAGUUUUGAAUAAUCCCAGAAGACUUCAGGUACACGGUGUGUUUCGUCAUGUAUCAUUUACUCUCCUGAUGUCUCGAGCCACGUGGCUUAUGGUGGGUCAUUCCCAGGUGGGGCUAGUAAGGGUGACUGGGUACAAGAGCAGGAUAGAGGUGCGAUCAACGCCAUCUCAUGCUCAGCACACCGGACACCAUGGCGCGCUAUUUAUUGGAACAAACACUUUGUAUUGUUUGAGUCUCGAAAAUUGUCAUACUGGCGAGCCCACAUGUCAGGCAGAACUCAGGGACGGGAAAGGUGAGAUAUAAAGGUGAGGGAUGGAUAGAAAGCUCGAGCAAGGGGAGUGUUUGAAGUUCCCCUAGUCACACGUCCUGGUAGGUGUGCAAAUAUCCGCGUGUACGGUGCACGCCUGCAAUUAAUUGACCAGCAGACGUACUUUUUCAUAACAAAAUGUAAAAAUUAUUUAUUAAUCAAAAACAGAGCAAAUACUCGAGAAAGGUUUACUUUAAAUGAACCAUUCUUUUAUAGUUCUGCGUCUUGAUAAUUCUGGUCGAAAUAACCACUUUUCUGCUAUUUUAAAGCGCGUGGUCAGCGUACGGAGGUAGUGGUGGAGUGCUAUACAGAUGUACACACUUUAUUAUUGUUCGCAGUUAGCUCAUUCCCAAAAGGGGAUUGACAGUUGUGUUGAUGAGGCUAAGUUGAUGUCGAAAUCAAUUUCACUACAGUGCCGUGGUCAGGUUGAACAUCUAUAAAGUGAUCUAUCUCUCACACACGACAAACAUUCAAUAAGCUGGUGCUUCAUUUAUUUUCAAAUUUUAACAAUUUUGUCAGCAUGUUGAUCUUCUCGUAAUGUAUCUGAGAACAAAAAUCUUAGGGCUAAAGAUAUCUUUAAUCUGAUAGUCGCAAACAGUUUACUUUUAAGGUUAACUAUUUUCAUGUCAUUAACAAAUGAAUUGAAAAAUGCUGUUUUUGCAAAUCCCAUGAUCUUUUUUGUGACUUUAACAUUUUGCUUUUGUAGCUGGUUUUCCACAUUGAAAAAUAAAAAGCUGUCAGACUGUUAA